CGGAGCGUAGGGGGGCCCUGUGUGGCGCUCCGUCAGAUCGCGGGGCAUUGUGGGGCGGAGGCGGCCUUUUCUCUCGCGUCCAGGGCGAACGGGAAAUCUUCAAGUAAAUAACGCGAGCAAAGGGGGCGAGGAACACACGGUCCGAGCCGGAGAAAAGAAGAACCCUCAGCACUUCACCGCACCGUGUUGAGCUCCAGCCUUCGGCGUUAACACAGAGGAAGAACCGCUACAGGCGCAGCAGACAUGGGGCAGGAGGAACUCAUGAACACCGCGGAAGACGUGGCGGAUCAGUUCUUGCGAGUAACCAAACAGUACCUUCCCCACCUGGCACGCCUGUGUCUCAUCAGCACCUUCCUGGAGGAUGGCAUCCGCAUGUGGUUCCAGUGGAAUGAGCAGAGGGACUACAUUGAGGCUACCUGGAGCUGUGGCUACUUCCUGGCUACGUGCUUUGUGCUGCUUAACCUCCUAGGACAACUGGGCGGCUGUGUCCUCAUCCUCAGUAGAAAUUUUGUACAGUAUGCCUGCUUUGGAUUAUUUGGCAUCAUAGCUCUACAGACUGUCGCUUACAGCAUUUUAUGGGACCUUAAAUUUUUGAUGAGAAACCUUGCCCUCGGAGGUGGUCUGCUCCUGCUGCUGGCCGAGUCUCGUUCGGAAGGAAAGAGCAUGUUCGCCGGAGUCCCCUCCAUGGGCGAGAGCUCGCCGAAGCAGUACAUGCAGCUGGGCGGUCGAGUUCUGCUGGUGCUCAUGUUCAUGACUCUGCUGCACUUUGACUCCAACUUCUUCUCUAUCCUGCAGAACAUGGUGGGAACCGCCCUCAUCAUCCUGGUGGCCAUCGGCUUCAAAACUAAACUCGCGGCGCUGACCCUCGUCAUUUGGCUCCUGGCUAUCAACGUCUACUUCAAUGCUUUCUGGACCAUCCCUGCCUACAAGCCCAUGCACGACUUCCUCAAGUACGACUUCUUCCAGACCACCUCUGUCAUCGGCGGCCUGCUGCUGGUGGUGGCGCUUGGUCCUGGCGGCGUGUCAAUGGACGAGAAAAAGAAAGAGUGGUAGGCAAAAGGAAGGGAUGAGAAACAAGGAUGGCCCAGCACCACUAAGGUCCCCCCACGACCGGGACACAGAGACCCUCCCUCUAUUCCAGUUCCCCCCCACACCAUCAGGGUACAUCGUUUUUUUUUUCUUCUAGUUUUGAUUAUUUGGCCAAAUCCACAACGCCAUCCCAUAGUUUUUUUUUCUAUUCUCCACCAGACUGCUAUUUUUAUUUUUUCGUUGAACAUGUUCAUGCCAGAUGUUUUUUAUUUUAAAUAAACUCGAUUAAAAGACUUCAUAGAAAAACACAAUAGGAUGAUAAGUGGAUAACGAGAUUUAUUUGUUCUGUGUUCAGGAGAUGAAUGAAAAUAAUUUAUUGUAUUUUAUGGGUGUUUUUUCCAUAUCAUAGAUUGAUUUUCAUAUUUUCUGAAUAAAAGUGAAUGAGUGGAGAUGGUGCAGCAGUCCCCCCCCCCCCCCACGGACGCUGAAGUUUUUCAACCGUUGGAUCUCGGAAUAUCUGAGACUUUCUCUCCACAUUGAUUCAGAAAUCUCGGGCGCUCAUUUGACAGCAACUCGCAUCUACUCUCCAGAUUUCAUCACUCUUUUUAUAAUACCAUAUCCUUUCAAUCUGUAAAUCUUCAGUAUCAACUGACUGAACCGGGGGGGGGGGGACGUGUAAAUUGUAUAGUGGUGGAUUGCAGUCGUGCUUGAUUGGAAACUUCAACACAGUUGUUAGCUCCAGGACUUGUUAUUGGGCACUUUGUUCUGUACUUAUUUGGCAAAUGCCUUACUAGUGAACUGUUUAUGAUCGGGGGAUAGUAGUCGGGGAGGCUCAACGUUUGUGAAACAUCAUAUUAUGCGACCUAGAAAAGCAAAGAGGAUUAAGCAGAGUCACUUAUCACCUGAACUUGCGUGUUUAUUUCCCUGUGUAAGAAAAUAAAAAAUAUUCAGUGUAUUGAUUUUCAGAAGUUUAUAUUGUAUUUUUGAUCUUUUUUCUUAUUUUGGAAGUUCAUGGCGAAAAAAUAAAAAUUCAAAAAUAUAA